CCCUCACCAACAUGAAAAGCUCUGUAAGAAAGACAUACAUAAAAAUUCAAGGGAGGUUUUUUUUCGUAGGAUUUAAAAUGUCUUGUAUGAAGUCCUCUGUCAGUAAAGAGCCUUGUGUAGCAAAUGUGGAACCAAAUGCCAUAAUAUCAACAUCAAGUUGUAUAAAGCGCCUGAAUGUAAAUAAAUGCAAGAAAGAAGACCUCAAUUUUAUAUCAUCCUUCAAGUUGAAAAUUAACAGGAAUGACAAACUAACGGCAAUUGUCGCAUACUUUGAUAUUUUGUUUGACAAGAACGCAACAAAUAAGGUUGAAUUCAGUACAAGUCCCGCUCAUCAAUCCACACAUUGGAAACAGACCGUGUUUUACUUGGAAAAGCCUAUAGAAGUAACUGAAGGUCAAGUUUUAUCAGGACACAUUUCUUGCUACAAGAAUAUCAAAGAUUCGAGAUCACUUGAUAUCAGAAUUGAAGCCACUGUAGAUGGCGACCCUGACAAUAUCAUCUUUGACCAAGAAUAUCUUUUACAAUGAUGAGAUGUAACGUGGUGGCAAAGAUUGGAGAACUGUUGUGAAUUGGUUAUUUAUUGAUUAGUAAUUAGACAAAAGAAAGCAAGGGAAUUGAAAGGAAGAAAGAGAAGAAGAAAUAGGCAGGAAGAAGGAAGAAAUUGAUAACAAAGAAAAAAGGAAAGAAAGAGGUAAAGUGAAAGUAAACUAGGAAAGAAAGAAAUUAGAACACACGUGUUUUUGACAAUAGUUGAGUUGCAAUCAUCAAUUAUUGUAAAUGCUCAUUAAAGCUAAAAAUGACACUACGAGUCCUAUCCUUGUGCGAGUUGAACCUGAUUACUAUCUWCCUUAUUGACAACAAGCWUCUUCAACRYUCGUUCCAAACGCGGUUACCUACGAAUCCGUAAGCUGGAAUAACUGUCUCGUUAAAUAGACAAUUUGGCGCCCAAUAGGAUAUGAAUUUACAAAGAUAUUGUCAUUUGUUUCUACUUACAAAUACAGCAAGUGAAAAAGAAAGGAGAAAAU